CUAAGAUGGCCAACAAAAUUCGCUUGGCCUAGUACAUUUUUCAAGUAACAGGAGUGAAAGUUAAUCCAAACAGUCUCUUUGAUAUUCAAAUCAAACGCAUCCAUGAGUACAAACGUCAGUUGUUAAAUAUCUUGGGUGCCAUAUAUCGGUACAAGAGAUUGAAGGAGAUGAGUGCAGAGGAACGAAAGAAAGUAGUGCCCCAGACUAUUAUGAUUGGUGGGAAAGCAUUUGCAACAUAUACCCAGGCUAAAAGGAUUGUGAAGCUUGUGAAUGAUGUAGGAGCUGUUGUGAACAAUGACCCAGAUAUUGGGGAUCUUUUAAAGGUGGUCUUUAUCCUAAACUACAACGUGUCAGUUGCAGAAAUUCUAAUUCCAGGAAGUGAGCUAUCUCAGCGUAUCAGUACAGCUGGAAUAGAGGCAAGUGGCACUAGCAACAUGAAAUUUGCAUUGAAUGGGUGUCUGAUAAUUGGUACACUUGAUGGUGCAAACGUAGAAAUCAGAGAAGAGAUAGGCAAAGAUAAUUUUUUCUUGUUUGGUGCUGAAGCCCAUGAUGUACCAAAGCUACGAAAAGAGAGAGAACAAGGCCUGUUUGUUCCUGACCCUCGUUUUGAGGAGGCAAAGAAUUUUGUAAAAAGCCGUGCUUUUGGGGUUGUUAUCUAUACCACAAGUUUUGUAAAGUGCACAAGAGACUAG